AUUUUUCGAUUAUAUCAAAUGUUGUCGAGCUCAGUCACUACAAACCUAGAACAACCCUUGUCUCUGUGAUUUGCUGCUAGUUCCUCACGCGAUUCUUUCACACAAACACUUCCCUUCGUGUUCAUGAUAUGCUUCUUCAUUUCUACCCUGAAUUUGAAGAUUCCAGAAACUCUCCAACCCAGGAAAGCUUCAAUUUUCAUUUCUCAUUUCAGCUAUUUGAGCUGGACAUACAUACCCAUAUGCUGUUAUCAUCUUUUUUUGGUGAUUCUGUUGCUUUUCAUUGAUUCUUGUUGAUUGAUUUGAGCCUCUGUUUCAUAAGUUAGAAACUUGAAUUUGUGUUCACUGUUCAGUGUUUUAUAUAAGGAGGUAUCAAUUCAUGUCUAAGGUUGCAAGCUUGCAAACUUGAAUUCACUCACUUUUUCAUUGGUUAUGGCUUUUGAAACAUCAGUUUGACAUUUUUUUUCUUACAUAUUUUCAGUUUUUUAUGUUUCUGGACUUGAAAAAGCUUCCUUAGUAGAGAAAAGAGAAUGAUUUGACAAGCACCUCCAGUUGAUUCUUGAGUUAAUACAUCAGUUUCUCUUGGAUACCGCAAAUCUGUCGCAAGAAUGCAGAAUAAUUCGGUAAGAAAUUACCGCGCAGGCCAGCCGGACUUGUUUUCUAUUGAGAAUAAGACUUCAAAUGUAGAGGUGAAUCGGAAGCGGGAUGCAUAUGGAUCAAGUGUGUAUGGUGUGCCAGUUCAUGCAUAUAAUGAAGCUCAAGGGAAUAAUGGGAUACAAUCCUACGUUCCUGAUGAAAUAAUUGACCCCAAAUUCAGUCGGCUGAACCAAGGCAACCAAGAAAAGGACCACUCUCAUGAGCAAGACAUGGAGAUUGGAUACGAAGAAAGCCCACCACAACCAACUUAUGAGGGUCUUGAACAAAGAUUUGCUGCUGAGAUAAUGAAAUUAUCCAGGGAGCAACGUGAUGCUGAGGAUACAGAAUUUGCUAGACACAUGGAGAGAAUGCUUGACAUAAACAAAGAAUACCAGGAGAAAUUAUCUUCCCUAAGAGCUCAGCAAACAACUCGGAGAGAAGAGUUUCUCCAUAAGGAAUUGCAGUCAAGAUUGAACCAGUAUCAAGAAAGCAAAAGAAACCACCGCCCCUAUAUGAAGGUGACAGAUGCUGAUAGCUAUAUACCUGCUUCAACGUUCACUGCAGGAGAAGGAACUAGCAGGUUUCAUGAUGCUACCGAGUAUAAGCGUGGUGGAGAGUGUUCCAUAUCAAGUGGUAGAAGUAAAGGAAGUGAAGCAAGGGUUCCAUUACCUCCUGGUCGUGUUUACAAUAACAAAACUGUGUAUCACUAGAUUUGAUCCUACCAAUGAUGGGUUGGACACCCUGCUAACUUCUACAUCCUGCCUCCUGGUAACAAAUCGCGUACAAAGAACCCAUUUUGUUACUUGAUCCAAGGAAAAGAAGGUUAAAAUAUACUGAGUCCUUGUACAUUAUACUUAUUUCUUAUAUUUCAUCUUUGUAUGAAAAAGUUUUUAAUUUAAUCUCAUGCAUGCAAUGUUAGUUUUCACUGGUUGUCAUAAUACCGUGGAAAUUGCAUAAAGUUGUAAUGAAGUAGACUGAUUAAAUUGAGGAUUAAAUUGAAAAUUAUUGUCGCGUA